AUGGCGCUGUCAAUAGCAAUCUCCACCUUAUUCUCAAGAUCUUCUUCCAUCUUCCUCCGCAAAACUAGAUGUGCUCUCUGCCUACACUUUUCAUCUAUCUCAACUUCCUCCACCGCCGCCGCAUUUCCUUCUGACAAAGCACACUCCCAGAAGAAGCGGCGAGGACCAGCGGCAGCCUCGCUUGUUGAGCUUGGAGGAGUCAAGAUAGCUAGAGAAGAGAUAGUGAAGAAUGACCCAACAAACAAUGUCCCUGAUUCAAUUUUCUCGAAGCUCGGUAUGCAGCUUCAUAGGAGGGAUCAACAUCCUCUUGGCAUACUAAAGAAUGCAAUCCAUGACUAUUUCGACACCAACUAUCCCACCAAAUUUAACAAGUUUGACGAUUUAUGCCCAAUAGUUUCUGUUAAAGCUAACUUUGAUGAUGUGUUGGUGCCUGCCGACCAUGUAAGCAGAAGCUACAAUGACACUUAUUAUGUGGAUACUCAAACUGUCCUGAGGUGCCACACAAGUGCCCAUCAAGCUGAAUUACUUAGGGAAGGUCACACUCAUUUCCUUGUUACUGGAGAUGUUUACAGAAGAGAUUCUAUAGACUCCACCCACUACCCUGUGUUCCAUCAGAUGGAAGGGGUACGUGUUUUUUCUCCAUCUGACUGGGAAGGAUCUGAUAGAGAUGCCACAUCAUACGCUGCUGAGGAUUUAAAGAAAUGUCUUGAGGGCUUGGCUCGCCAUUUGUUCGGUGGUGUCGAAAUGCGUUGGAUUGACACGUAUUUUCCAUUUACCAAUCCUUCAUUCGAGUUGGAAAUAUUUUUUCAGGAGAAAUGGUUGGAAGUGUUGGGCUGUGGGGUAAUGGAGCAAGAAAUAUUAAAGAGAAGUGGUAAAACCGAUAAUGUAGCGUGGGCUUUUGGACUUGGACUAGAACGAUUAGCAAUGGUUUUAUUUGACAUUCCAGAUAUCCGUCUAUUCUGGACAAUGGACGAGCGGUUUACUUCACAAUUCUCCAAAGGACAGCUCGGAGUGAAAUUUAAACCAUUUUCGAAGUAUCCUCCAUGUUAUAAGGACAUGAGUUUCUGGAUAAGUGAUUCAUUUACAGAAAACAACCUAUGUGAAGUUGUUAGAGGUAUUGCUGGGGAUCUUGUUGAGGAGGUGAAAUUAAUCGACAACUUCACAAACAAGAAAGGAAUGACGAGUCACUGCUAUAGGAUUGCUUAUAGGUCAAUGGAACGGUCACUGACCGAUGAGGAGAUUAACGAUUUACAGUGGAAAGUGCGGGAACAAGUCGAGACCAAGUUGAAAGUUGUUCUGAGAUGA